GAGCCAGAGACCAGAGCUGACUUCUUAAAAUAUUCACAGGAAAUCACACUGGAUCCAAACACAGCAAACAAGGAGCUGUUAUUAUCUGAGGGAAACAGAAAAUUAACACAUAUGAGUUUCAAACAGUCUUAUUCUAAUCACCCAGACAGAUUCACUCAUUGGCUUCAGGUCCUGAGUAGAGAGAGUCUGACUGGACGUUGUUACUGGGAGGUGAAGGUGGGGUUUGGAGGAGUAGUUCGUGUAGCAGUCACACACAAGAAUAUCAGCAGAGCAGGAGGCUCAUGUAAAUGUAUAUUUGGAUUCAAUGAUAAAUCUUGGUCAUUAGCUUGUGAUCAAAACAAUUAUGACUUUUAUUACAACAGCAUCGAGACUCCAGUGUCAGGUCCUGUGUCCUCCAGAGUAGGAGUGUACCUGGAUCACAGUGCAGGUGUUCUGUCCUUCUACAGCGUCUCUGACACCAUGACUCUCCUCCACAGAGUCCAGACCACAUCCACUCAGCCUCUCUAUGCUGGAGUUUGGGUUGGUUAUGGAGCCACAGCUGAGUUCUACUUCAACGUGCAGAUGCUCGGGCCCGUCAGUGCUACAACGUAG